GAGCUGACCUGCCUUUCUCUCCUGCUCGAAGUUCUCGUUAACCAAGCCCUGCAGACUGCUUUCCUCAGUUCCUUUUGUCCGGGAUACUUAGAGAAAUUCCUCCGAGUCACGAAGCAGUACCUCCCUCACGUGGCGCGCCUCUGCCUGAUCAGCACCUUCCUGGAGGAUGGCAUCCGCAUGUGGUUCCAGUGGGGCGAGCAGCGGGACUACAUCGACAGCACCUGGAACUGCGGCUACCUGCUGGCCUCCUCCUUCGUGAUCCUCAACUUGCUCGGGCAGCUGACUGGCUGCAUCCUGGUGUUGAGCAGGAACUUCGUGCAGUACGCCUGCUUUGGGCUCUUCGGAAUCAUAGCACUGCAGACGAUUGCCUACAGCAUUUUAUGGGACUUGAAGUUUCUGAUGAGGAACCUGGCUCUGGGAGGAGGCUUGUUGCUGCUCUUGGCGGAGUCCCGGUCUGAGGGGAAGAGCAUGUUCGCCGGCGUCCCCACCGUGCGCGAGAGCUCCCCCAAACAGUACAUGCAGCUCGGAGGCAGGGUCCUGCUGGUCUUGAUGUUCAUGACCCUCCUGCACUUUGACGCCAGCUUCUUCUCGAUUCUCCAGAACAUUGUGGGCACGGCUCUGAUGAUUUUAGUGGCCAUUGGUUUUAAGACCAAGCUGGCCGCUUUGACUCUUGUCGUCUGGCUGUUUGCCAUCAACGUGUAUUUCAACGCCUUCUGGACCAUUCCUGUCUAUAAGCCCAUGCACGACUUCCUGAAGUACGACUUCUUCCAGACCAUGUCGGUGAUCGGAGGCUUGCUCCUGGUGGUGGCUCUGGGCCCCGGGGGCGUCUCCAUGGACGAGAAGAAGAAAGAGUGGUAACAGACCCCUUCCCUGCCUGGCUAAGACCCGUAGCCAUCGAGGACUCAUUCGUGGUGGAUUCGACAGAACUGCCAGCAUUUAUGUAUCCUCUUCCCUUCCCUCCCUUGGUAAAGGCACAGAUGUUUUGAGAACUUUAUUUGCAGACACCUAAAAAUUGAUGGCUAAAUCUGCUCUGGACCCACAACCUGAUAUCUGACCAUUCAGAGCUGGCCGGCUGGACGGUUAGCACCUCCCUCCCCAAGGCAAGGCCUCGGCUUCCCAGAGUGAGCAGUGUGGUUGGCUGUGGUCUCUCAGUCCUAUUUUCAUUUCUCUUUUUUGGGGGGGUGGGGGGCCUUCAAGCUGUACUGUGAGCAGAUACAGUUGUGUGUCAUUCAAAGCAGUCUCCCUCUUAUUUUUUUAAAGUUUAUGUGUUUAGCUAAAACUACUAAAAGAUUUGGGAUGGCCCAGCCAAACAUCAAACACACUGUCAAACUCACUGGUUUAAAAUCGCACCAGUGGCUUCUACAUUGUUUCUGCCCUGUGUUAUAAUAUAGGGACAAUGAAAACAUUUAGAGAAACCCAAAACCCAGGGAAUGAUGCAGUAUUAGAUGGCGACUGAGGCUGCUGUUGAUGGUAAAAGUCAUUAAUCAGAAAGUUGUCUUGGAUUGGUGCUUAAUUGUUUUAUGGGGUGAUACCCCGGGAGCUUUAGUGGCUCACGGUCUGGACGGUGGGCUGGAAGUCCUCGGGACACCACCUAGAGCCCACAGGGACCGGCAUGCUGACCAGGGUCUGGCAGCAUGUCUGCACGUUGGCCUCGGCUGCUCCCAUUUGACCGGUUUAGGAGGAACAACCGCCACCGUGGGGCAGAGCAGUGACAGCGGGCUCUCAGACCAGUUACCUCACACUCGACCUUUUCGUAGAGCCGUGGCUGACACCGUGGGCAGAGCGCCGACCUGGCUGAGUGCCCAGCCUGGCUUUUCUUUGGCUGGAGGGAUUCCUCCCAGGCUGUGCAGCCAUGACUUACCAUCUUCAUGAGGCUGCUGCUUGCUCCGAUUGUCUAUUUGCUAUGCUGGAUGCAGCCCAAAUUACUUUUUACAAUUUGUGAUGCCUUACUGAUUGGAUCUUAAUGCUGUAUUUAAAGUUUUCUAACAUUGCCUUA